AUGGUGGACGCUGUCCCGCUCUCUUUCGAGGAGAAGAUGCUGCGGUUGCUGCGGCACCGUGCGGAGCAGCACCAGCUGCCGCUCGGCUACAUGCGCUGUCCGCUGAACCCUGCGCAUCAGGUCCCCGUCGCCGCCAUCGUGACGCACCUCGAGAAGACACACCAGCAGGACGCGUUGGCCCUCGCACCUGGCGCAAUGUAUGGCCGCAACACGUACGACCGUCGUCGUGAGUUUCUCAGGGAGCAGCUGCAUUGCUCGGAUGGGGGUGGAGGUGAUCGUGGUGGGUCUGCUGCUGCUGCUGCUGCUAAUGGCCGUAGAAGGCGUCACAGAAGCCGCCAGCGUCGACAUCACCACCACCAUAAUCAUCACUGUGACUCAAGUCGCUCGUCGUAUGAGUCCGAUGGCUCCUAUUGUUCAUCGUCACGAGAUUCGUCUUGUCGCGGGCGACACAAGCCCUCCCGGCAGCGGCGACGCCACGAGACUGACAAAACGCGGACGGACGCACCGCAUACGAAAGGUGGUUCCGUCACGCCUGUGUUGUGUGGUACAGGGAUGCUGCCAACAGCUGAAGCGACUACAGUGCUGAUAGGGCGCUGCGCGCUCGGCUAUUCUAUUGCGCGGAAACCCUUCAUGCAGUACUUGCAGCAGUUCGGUCCCCUGCUGCGGUGCGAUAUGCAGGUGAAAACUGCGACGUUCACAGUGGUGUAUGAGACAGUGGAGGCGGCCUCGCGUUGCCUCGCCGCGAGCUUUCCGUGUGUCAUCAUCGACGGCGUCACUGUGGAGUUGCAUCCUGCAGCGCCUAGGGCUGCAGCAAGCAUGGCCACUCUGCCAGACGUACAUGUGGCAGGGAAUGUGAUGCCUCCUGCACGUCCCACCUAUGGAUGCACAGAGCACGUGCCGCAGCCUCCACCUCCACCUCCACUCCCACCGUCACCGCCACCGCUGCCACCACCAAUGAUUCCGCAGCAGCAACAGCAGCCCCCCCAGCGUCGGCAACUAGAGCUGCAAGCGCCCUCUGUUAUUACAGUUGGUGGGAAGCCUGUGGGGGUGGCGAUGCCUGGGGACAGUUGUGCUGGCAAUAUUCUCCCAGACCGGAGUUCCACAAUGAAUCCACCCAAAUGUGUCUUCAUAGCGAAGUUAAAUAAGGGCAAUAAAGAGAAUGUGGAUGAGCGAUACGUUUGGGAAGAGCUAUCACGUUUUGGUGUUGUCAAAAACAUCAAUGUGGUCGGACCGCGCUUGAUUGUGGAGUAUGCAUCUCAGGGGAGUGUCGAUACACUCACGCGGGCACUGCAGAAAGGAACGACUUUGAGUUCCUACUGCUCCCCUCUUGGCCGCGAGGAAGAGACGAAAGGCUUGUCAUCUGUGUAA